AGCCAAAUCAGAAACUGAAAGAAAACUGACUAAAAAUCGACACCCAGUCAAACCUGCACCUGCUUUUGUCUAUUUCUUUCUCUAUCUAUCUGAGCUUCCCUCACUGUCAAUGGCCGAUUAUCUCUCUCACCCUUCACCACCUCUUUCACUACUACUUUCUCCUCCGUUCUCUCUGCAACUUCCCGUUUUCCCAAAUUGACAUAAUACCCAAAGCCCAUAACUUAGUUAUCCUAAAAAAAAAUAAGAAAAGAAAAAACGCCAUGAAGAUCGUCUUCGUUUGCUUCGUUCUCAUAGCUUCAGUCUUAGUCUUCUCCAUUGAAGACGACGUUAUGUGCGUUCAAGGCGUCAGAAAAUCUCUCUCCGACCCAUUAGGGAAACUCGGUGCAUGGGCCUUUUCAAACGCGUCCGUACCCUCAAUCUGCAAGCUCGUCGGAGUUUCCUGCUGGAACGAGAAGGAGAAUCGCCUCAUCAGCAUCCAGCUUCAGAAUAUGGAACUUUCUGGCCAACUCCCGGAACCUCUCAAGUUCUGCCGGAGCCUCCAAACCCUUGAGAUAUCUAAUAACGAGCUCUCUGGUUCGAUCCCUCCCCAAAUCUGUACCUGGUUGCCUUAUCUGGUAACCUUAGAUCUCUCUAACAACCGCUUCACCGGUUCGAUCCCACCUGAGAUUGUUAACUGUAAGUUUCUCAACACCCUGAUCCUUGACGGUAACAGGUUGAGCGGUUCGAUCCCGUACGAGCUGGGCCGGCUCGAACGGUUGAAGAAGUUCUCGGUGGCCAAUAAUGAUCUAACGGGUACGAUUCCGUCUGAUUUGUCGAGUUUUGAGAAAGAUUGGUUUGAAGGGAAUAGUGGGCUUUGUGGUGCGCCUCUUGGGUCUAAAUGUGGUGGGUUGAGCAGUAAAAGCCUUGGCAUUAUCAUCGCCGCCGGGGCUAUCGGUGCCGCCGUGUCCCUGAUUUUGGGUUUUGCUCUUUGGUGGUGGUUCUUCGUUAGAGUUAGUCGAAAAAGACGAGGUUUUAAUGUUUCUGAUGGUGGUAAGGACUUUGGUGGUUGGGUUGGUUUAUUGAAGGCUCAUAAACUAGCCCAGGUCUCUUUGUUUCAGAAACCCAUUGUUAAGGUCCGGUUAUCUGAUUUGUUGGUAGCUACCAACAAUUUUGAUUCCCAAAACAUUGUGAUUUCAACUAGAACUGGGGUCUCUUACAAGGCCGUUUUGCCUGAUGGGUCAGCUCUUGCCGUGAAGAGGUUGAAUGCUUGCAAGCUUGGUGAAAAGCAGUUUAGGUCGGAGAUGAACAGGUUGGGGCAGCUUAGGCAUCCAAAUUUGGUGCCCUUAUUGGGUUUCUGCGUUGUGGAAGAAGAGAAGCUUUUGGUCUAUAAGCAUAUGUAUAAUGGAACCUUAUACUCUCAGUUGAAUGGAAGUGGUAACGUUAAUAGUCAGUAUGGUUUUUUGGAUUGGCCCACAAGGCUCAAGAUCGGAGUAGGUGCAGCUAAAGGUUUGGCAUGGCUUCACCAUUCAUGUCAACCACCAUAUAUGCAUCAGAACAUUAGUUCCAAUGUCAUUCUCCUUGAUUAUGAUUUUGAAGCUCGGAUUACAGAUUUUGGGUUGGCAAGGCUUGUAGGUACUCGUGAUUCUAAUGAUAGCUCAUUCGUAAAUGGAGAUUUGGGAGAGUUUGGAUAUGUUGCUCCCGAGUACUCAAGCACAAUGGUGGCAUCUCUGAAAGGAGAUGUUUAUGGCUUUGGAGUAGUGCUUCUGGAAUUAGUUACAGGGCAGAAACCAUUGGAGGUGUAUCAUGGAGGAGAAGGAUUCAAGGGGAACUUGGUAGAUUGGGUGAAUCAGUUGAUAAGUUCUGGUCGAAGCAUAGAUGCUAUAGACAAUGCUCUGUCAGGGAAAGGUGACGACGAUGAAAUAUUGCAUUUUAUGAAAGCUGCAUGCAGUUGUGUGGUUUCUAGGCCCAAGGAUAGACCUUCUAUGUACCAAGUUUACGAGUCUUUGAAAAGCGUGGCUGACAAACAUGGUUUCUCCGAGCAGUAUGACGAGUUCCCAUUGAUCUUUGGCAAACAGGAUCUUGAUUACAAGGAGUAGGGAAGGGAUUAGAAAGGUUUCCACUUGAGUUAGAUUCCUCUGUUCUAUUACUCAUUUGUUGCAUGAUUCUGUAUCAUACUACUUGAGUCAUCCAUUUUUAUUCUCAAGUGGUCCAGAGAAUAUCUAUUUUUCCUUUGUUGUUCUUUCUAGAAAUCUAAUCAUAUCAAAUAUUAUUCCACCAAAAAGGUGGGAACCCUUUCAAUAGAGAUUCCAUCCCAUUUUGUAAUUUGUAUUAUACUAAACCUUUCCCUGUUCAUGCUUAAUAUUGCAAGUUUCCAUUUACGUGUAGUGUAUGUUUUAAUCUUAUAUUGAGGUAUUAUUGCCUACAUAUUAAAUGUUUCAACCCCAUUUGUCUCA